GCUUUCCCUUCCACUCAACACUCAGCAACUAAUCAUUUUCCCUCCGCCGUUGAUUUCACUUUAACGACACCAUGAUUCCGGCCACGGAUCUUCACCUCCUCCACUCGUCUCCCGGGUUCUCCGCCGUCCGGUUCUUCCCUUGCCACCGUUCCCGUACGCCUCUCCGCGGACGAUUCUUCACAGUAAGAUCGAGUCUUCCUUUUCCAAAUGAGAAGGCCAAGUAUCACAAAGAACUUGAAGCGGCGAUGGAGGUCGUCGAGAGAGCCUGUCGCCUUUGCGUUGACGUGCAAAGGUCUCUUUUUUCUGAUGAAGGACGGAUUCUUGAAAAGAAUGACCAAACUCCGGUCACAGUGGCAGAUUUUGGAGUCCAGGCUCUUGUUAGUUUAGAGUUGAGUAAAUUGUUCCCUUCUAUUCCAUUGGUGGUGGAAGAGGACUCUGGUUUUUUACGCUCAAAUAAUCUGGUGGAUCCUGUAGUAAGUGCAGUAUCUGAUAAAACGAGCUUUGAUGAGGAAUCAUUGUCACGAGCUGAUGUGCUGGAAGCAAUUGACAGAGGGGGCAAAGAUGCUUUUGCUUUUGGAACAAAACCAGCCACAUAUUGGAUACUGGAUCCAAUAGAUGGCACACGAGGGUUUGUAAAAGGAAGUCAGGCCUUAUAUGUGGUUGGUUUGUCUCUUGUAGUUGAAGGAGAGAUUGUGUUGGGUGCCAUGGGCUGCCCUAACUGGGUUGUAGAUACUUCCUACAGGUCCACUGCUGAUGUCCAAGGUUAUAAAAACAGUUCACCUGGACUGGGGAUCAUUAUGGUUGCUCAUGUUGGCUGUGGAACUUGGACAAAGAGGUUAAAGGAUAUGCUUGAUAGCUCAACUAAAAUGUCAUCUGAUUGGACCAGAUGCUUUGUUGAUGGUUGUUGCUUGGUACCCGAAGCCCGCUUCUGUAUUUCAGAUAGUCAGACAUGGGAGUCAUUGCCUUUAUCGAUCUUGUAUGAAGCAAGAAUUGAUGCUGAUGAUGAUAUUCGUGAUAAGGAAAUUCGUCUUUUUCCCACAUGUUGCGGAAGUUUAUGCAAAUACUUAAUGGUGGCUUCAGGUCGAGCAUCUGUUUUCAUUCUUCAAGCAAGAUCUCAAAAAGUUAUCAAGGCUUGGGAUCAUGCUGUUGGUGUGAUAUGCGUACAUGAAGCUGGAGGAAAGGUGACAGACUGGACAGGAAGUGAACUUGAUCUUGCUGCAGAUCAAGUUGAACGGAGGAACAUAUACCCUGCGGGUGGGGUGCUUGUGACUAAUAGCAACAUCCAUGAUCAGAUACUGGAGAUGAUAUCUUCCAAUUCAACAGUUGUUUAACAUUGAAGUUUACAGUAUCAGUAUUCAUUGUUCAAUCAUUCGAUUCUUCUGAAUAUCAUUCAGGUUUUAGUUCAAUCCUGCAAUUCGUAAAAUGAAUAUAUAGUUCAUUCAUUCACAGGAAUAAAUUUGAAAUAUGAAAUAAUUCCAUUGCCAUUAGAUUGUCGAAAGAAGGAAUUUCCUUCUAAGCAAGUGUACUGUACAAUCACUGAUAAUGGUUAUUGCUAUGCUUUAUGUUGCCAUU